GUAUAGUCAUCUCCUUUCAUCUCUCUGUAGAAAGAAAGAGACUCAGUAUACACUUACGUUCUUGUCAAUUUGCUUCCUCCAGCUUCGCUUUUCCUUUGAAUAUCUUCAGCUGUAUGUAUAGAUUACAGCUUGCAACUAUAUGAUUCACAUACACACAAGUUAUGUACAUAUAGGUAGCAGAGGGGGAGAAGCCGAGAAUAAUCUGUAAAAGGGAAAGCGGUGGCCGUAGUGACUAGAGAAAUGCCGGCUCAGAAGCGGUAUUCGUCGAAUUAUCAUGAAGAAGACGAGGAUGAUAGCUUCUCCCAGACUCAACACCGUCGCAAUCAACGCCGCGGCGGAAAGCAAUCUCGACGUCGCGGUGGUGGCGCCGAGCGAAUCCAGCAAGCUCCGGAAGAAGAGCAAGUGCAGCAACAAAUCCAGGAAGGAGCUGAAGAGCAGGAACGACUACAGCUAGAGGAGCAGAUGCCGAAUCAUGAUCAUGAAUCGAUCAGACAAUCUUCUGAGGAAGAUUCUGAUGAGAGUGGAACUGAUCCUGAAGACUUUGACGAGCUGAUUUCUGUGUCACGAUCUGCAAUUCGUAGUAACGUUCAAUGUCCAAUAUGCCUAGGUAUCAUCAAGAGAACCCGGGUUGUGAUGGGAUGCCAACACCGUUUCUGCAGGGAGUGCAUUGACAAGUCAAUGAGAUUGGGGAACAAUGAAUGCCCUGCUUGUCGCAUACACUGUGCUAGUCGGCGUUCUCUGAGAGACGAUCCAGGAUUUGAUGCACUAAUCAAGGCAAUAUAUCCAGAUGUUGAGAAGUAUGAAGAGGAGGAACUAGUGUUUCAUGAAGAUGAGAUGGCACUUAAUCAGCAGAUCCAAGCAUCUAUUGCUCAAGUUUGUCAGCGCCAAUCUGAAGCAUUAAACAAAAGGCGGAAAUUGAAUAAAGAGCCGAUUACAACAUCCAUAACAUCCACACCUAAAGGAUCUCGUAAAUAUCAGAAUGCUUAUUCAAGACGAAGAAGGAGAAGCAACCAAACCGCUGAACCUCAACACUCUGAUCACCAUGAGAGCGAAGGUGAUCCUGACCAUAAAUCCCCAUCUGACAAACACGGAACACCAGUGAAGCCCACCAGGAGACCAGCAGGAACUCCAUCUGACCAGACUUAUCAUGCAUCAUCCUCGGCCACCAUCAAUCCUGGAGAAGAUGGUUACAUGGAAACUUCAACUGAUAGAAUAGGAGAAAAUCAAGAAGAUGACUCUCCUGUAUUAAAGCCUGAGGCAUUUACCUGGGGAAGAGGUGGCAUGAGGAGUCAUAUCCGACAUGGAAACUCCAGUAGCAGCAGAAAUGUUCAUGCUAACCGGUUAUCCAAGUUAACUAACUCUCCUAAGACCGGACAUAUAAACAGUGAUUGUCAGCAAGAUAGCCACGUCCAGCUUGUUCCUAUAAAUGUAGAAGAUACACCGGGUUUGGAUAAGCCCUCCCUUUGCCGUGAUUCAAAGUUGUCAAUUAAUGACAUCAGAGAACAUAGUCAUAUUGCUGGUGAGGUAAAAGUACUAGGAGAAGAAUAUAUUGAAACAAUUCCAUUGGAAGAGAAAGGCACCGAAUGUAGGGCCAUGCUGAACCCUUCAAACUCGAAGAGUGAGCUGCAAAGUAUGCAAGGCAAAGAAAGUUUGGCUGUGAUUAGCUCCAAUUACUUCCAUUCUACUAAGGAUCUGGCGCUAGGAUACAUGCAAAACAAGACCAACAUGUGCGCCUUGGAUUAGGAGUAUUUCACUACCUAAAGACCAUAACAGAUGGUUGGAACAACACUGAAUACAUUGGUGUUUUUGCUUUUCUUUAUCUUAAUUAUUCUAUAUAUAAUAUUAUAUAUAUUUGAAAUAUUUCUUCGAGUUUUUUCCCCCACGCCACUAGCUAUAUGUUUGGUGUUUUGGUCCAAGAGGCUAAGUAUGUAUAUUUAUAGAUGGUUUAUUUAUGAAGGGAAUAUUUAAAUGAUGCGAUCGGUGACAGAAGCACUGUGAUUGGGAAUUUGGGACGCCCUUUAUGUGGGCAAUAAUGGUGAUACUCUUAAGAAUUUAUGACAGCAAUAAGACAUUGAGAGCAGCAGGAUUUUGUACAUCGUGAUUACCGGUCAACGUAAACGCCCAAAUAAAUGCAACUGAUGAGGAAUCUGUGCAUGAUGAAGAGGAAGGACUGUUUACUUAGGGUAUGUUUGGGAGUUUGGAGAGAAGGGAAGGGGAAGACUUUGAAGGUACGUUGUUGGAGGGGAAAGGGAGAGAAGGGUGAGGAAGUCCUUCUUUGUAUUUUGGAGUAAUAAAAUUGGAAGAAGAGGGUUUUGGGAGGAAUUAUAAUUAAAAUCACUUUGAAAUAUGACAAAUUCAAAUCAUUGAGCUGAUAUCAUUUUUAAUUUUGCUUAAAUUAUCAUUUUGUUAAUUAUCCUCCAAAAUCCUCCAAAUUAGGGGAACUUAAAAAUUAAGCAUUUGGAGGGUUUUGAAGGUUACAAAAGCCCUCCAAAAUCACCCCUCCAAUUUUUAAAACUCCCAAACAUGAAAAGGAAGAUCAUAAACCCCCAUUAACCUUCCCCUCCCCUCCAAAACCCAACUCCCAAACACACUCUUAAUGGAUUUCAUGAAAACAACAAUUUAUUAUUUCCGCUGUUGAGUUAUUUUACUUAAAGUACGAUUUAUUCAUUCUGUAAAGGUAAAAGGCACAAAUUUAAAAUCAAGGUUAUUUACAAAAC